AUGAAUACUACGAUUCUACAAUUCCUACAAAGAAUUGGUCCAGAUUUUGCGAUCAUGAUAAGUGGUGAUCCGAUCGAUGUCAUCAUUAGAGAUUUCUCGUUAAAUGCUUUGUCUCCGAAUGAAAAAUAUCUUUUCCGAGUCGGGGCACUUGAGGGUAUAAGGAUUCUUAAAUCCUUCCUAGGCGAUGACUCGUCUAAUAUACGGGGCAAACCCAUUAUGAGGAUUUGGGGUCCAUGA